GAACAGGCUUGCAAACUGCUUGCACGCGAAAACACCCAGCUAUGCAGUUGGUAAGCCCGUGAGAAACAGUUCCUCGGCAAACGCACACAAGGCAGGCAUUGUGCCUGCCAGACAAGGCGAGGACAAAUAUUGCAACGGCUUUAUUAAAGAGGCCAGCGAGCCCCAGUGUAAACGGCUACCGUGGGUCUCGCUUGCAAGGGGUUUUCAAAGGCACGGGAGCCCGGCUUCCUGGAGGGCGGAUACGGAGGAAGGCGCUGGCUGCACCGCGAGCUGCUAACCAGAAGUGGGAGCGGAUCAUCUAGCCAGGCUCUGUGCGUGCUGGAAGGGAGGGAGCGGCGAGUAAAUAAAUGCCCCGCUGAACUUUGAAUAUAUUAGUUGACAUCAGUGUGAGUGGGGCUGCCAGCCCCUGGCUCCCCCCCCUUCUCCUCUCUGAUGGGAAGAGUGGGAGCGCUCCUGAUAGGAGCUGCCGGGCUGCUCCGGGGUGGAAGGCAGCGAGAGGAGGGACGGAGGCGACUUGGGUCCCGAGAACCCGCUGCCGGCCACCGGGAUCUUGCUGGGAGCCUCUCGCAUGGGAGACCAGGGUGGCUGAGAAGCGGUGGACUUGUCUGAGCUGCCCCCCCCCCGCACCCAGCAGAUCCAGAGCAAGAUGUGCAAGUUACUACAGGAUAUUUCCCUGAGUGUAACUUUGAAUGUGACACACCAGUGAUGCAGAGACAGUAUCCUCUCAGGGCCUACCUUGGAAGCUAGAUCUGCAGCAGGCCUCCAAUCAUGGUUGUAUCAAGAUUAAAGGGCAUUUCUCUGUCAUUGGCAAGCCUUUUCCUUCUCACUUUUCAUCUCUCAGCAUCACAGAAUGCACCCGAAUACCCUGAAACUGAGCAACAGCAAUGCAUCAGAAGAGAACACCCCACCAUUGCUUUCGAAGAUCUGAAGCCCUGGGUGUCGACUUUCACCUAUCCAGGUGUACAUGACUUUUCUCAGCUCGCAGUGGAUGCCAACAGGAAUCAGCUCGUUGUGGGAGCAAGGAACUACCUCUUCAGACUUAGUCUACACAAUGUUUCUCUUAUCCAGGCAACAGAAUGGGGCUCAGAUGAAGACACUAGGAGGUCCUGUCAGAGUAAAGGAAAAACUGAGGAGGAAUGCCAGAACUAUGUGCGAGUGCUGAUCGUUUAUGGCAAGAAGGUUUUUACCUGUGGUACCAAUGCCUUUUCUCCAGUGUGUUCCAGUAGACAGGUAGGAAAUCUUAGUAAAACCAUUGACAAAAUAAAUGGAGUGGCUAGAUGUCCGUAUGACCCUCGGCACAACUCGACAGCCGUGAUUACAUCACGGGGAGAACUCUAUGCUGCUACUGUAAUUGAUUUCUCUGGACGGGAUCCUGCUAUUUACCGCAGCCUUGGAAAUGUUCCCCCUCUUCGGACUGCACAAUACAACUCCAAAUGGCUUAAUGAGCCCAACUUUAUUGCUGCCUAUGACAUUGGUUUGUUCACCUACUUCUUUUUCCGUGAGAAUGCGGUGGAACAUGAUUGUGGGAAAACUGUCUAUUCCCGAGUGGCCAGAGUUUGCAAAAACGACAUUGGGGGGAGAUUUUUGCUGGAGGACACGUGGACGACUUUUAUGAAGGCCAGGCUGAACUGCUCCCGCUCUGGAGAAAUCCCCUUCUAUUAUAAUGAACUGCAAAGCACCUUCUAUCUUCCUGAGCAAGACUUGAUCUAUGGAGUCUUCACUACCAAUGUAAACAGUAUAGCUGCUUCAGCAGUAUGUGCCUUCAACCUCAGUGCCAUUACUCAGUCGUUUAAUGGCCCUUUCCGAUACCAGGAGAAUCCAAGAUCAGCAUGGCUGCCAACAAUAAACCCCAUCCCUAAUUUUCAGUGUGGGAUGCUGAAUGACAACAGUCCUAACGAGAACCUGACGGAAAGGAUCCUGCAGGAUGCCCAGCGCUUGUUCCUGAUGAAUGACGUGGUUCAGCCAGUCUCUGUGGAUCCAUAUGUCACUCAGGACAGCAUUCGAUUUUCCAAACUGGUGGUUGACAUUGUUCAAGGAAAGGAUACUCUCUACCAUGUGAUGUAUAUCGGGACAGAGUAUGGCACCAUUUUGAAGGCACUUUCUACCACUAAUAGGAGCCUGAGGAGUUGUUAUAUAGAGGAAAUGCAGAUUCUUCCCGACGGUCAACAGGAACCAAUCAAGAGCCUCCAAAUCCUGCAUAGUGACAGGUCACUGUUUGUGGGUUUAAAUAAUGGAGUGCUAAAAAUUCCUCUGGAGAGGUGUUCAGUGUACAGAACAGAAGGGGAAUGUCUAGGAGCCAGGGACCCAUACUGUGGCUGGGAUAACAAACAGAAACGAUGUACCACCAUUGAGGAUAGCUCCAACAUGAGCCUGUGGACUCAGAAUAUUACUGAGUGCCCGGUGAAAAACCUGACAACAAAUGGGAGAUUGGGGCCCUGGUCCCCAUGGCAACCAUGUGAGCAUUUGGAUGGGGACAGCACAGGCUCUUGUAUGUGCAGGUCACGGUCCUGUGACAGCCCUCGCCCACGCUGCGGGGGUCGCGUCUGCGAAGGGGCCAGGAUCGAGAUUGCAAAUUGUUCAAGAAAUGGAGCUUGGACACCCUGGUCCACCUGGGCCCAAUGCAGCACCUCCUGUGGGAUUGGCUUUCAGGUCCGUCAGAGAUCGUGCAGCAACCCUGCUCCGCGGUAUGGGGGCAGGGUCUGUGUUGGACAGAGCAGAGAAGAGAGAUUCUGCAACGAGAACAGUCCAUGCCCAUUACCAAUAUUUUGGUCGUCGUGGGGCCCCUGGAAUAAAUGUAGUGCAAAUUGUGGUGGAGGGAUACAUUCCAGGCAGAGGUCCUGUGAAAAUGGCAACACCUGUCCGGGCUGCGCUGUGGAAUACAAGACCUGCAAUCCAGAGGGCUGCCCAGAGGUGCGCAGAAACACGCCCUGGACCCCCUGGAUGCCUGUGAACCUCACCCAGAAUGGAGCCCGCCAAGAACAGCGCUUCCGCUACACCUGCCGCGCCCAACUGGCUGAUCCUCAUGAGCUGCAGUUUGGGAGGAAGAAGACGGAGAGUCGAUUCUGCCCCAAUGACGGCUCGGCGGUUUGUGAUACUGACUCUCUAGUUGAUGAUCUUCUAAAGACUGGUAAAACCUCUGCACGGAUUAUCAAUGGGGGCUGGUCCUUUUGGGGGGCCUGGUCAUCAUGUUCCAGGGACUGUGAAUUGGGCUUUCGGAUCCGGAAGAGAACAUGCACAAACCCAGAGCCUAAAAAUGGCGGCCUGCCCUGCGUGGGGUCAGCAAUGGAAUACCAAGAUUGUAACCCACAUCCCUGCCCAGUAAAAGGUUCGUGGUCUUGCUGGACCCCUUGGUCUCAGUGUUCAGCAACCUGUGGGGGAGGACACUACCAACGUACCCGCACCUGUACCAACCCAGCGCCGUCCAGCGGAGAGGAUAUCUGCAUUGGCCUGCACACCGAGGAGGCGCUCUGCAACACACACUCCUGCAAAGGUGGGUGGUCGGACUGGUCAGAGUGGAGCCUGUGCAACGAAGACGGGAUCCAGUAUCGCAGCCGUUAUUGCGAGAUGCACAAUCCAGAGUCCUCUCAGUGUGUCGGAAACAGCACGCAGUACCAAGAUUGCCUGUACAAUGAGAUUCCCGUGAUCCUGCCGGCCUCAAGCAUUGAUGAGAGCACGAACUGUGGAGGGUUUAGUCUCAUCCAUCUGAUUGCCACCGGGGUCUCCUGCUUCUUCGGUUCCAGUCUCCUAACGUUUGUGAUCUAUGUGUACUGUCAGCGCUGUCAGCGGCAGUCCCAGGAAUCGACUAUUAUCCACCCAACCACUCCCAACCAUCUCCAUUACAAAGGCAACACAACCCCCAAGAAUGAAAAGUACACGCCCAUGGAAUUCAAGACGCUUAACAAGAACAACUUAAUACCUGAUGAAAGGACCAACUUCUACCCCUUGCAGCAAACCAACGUGUACGCUACAACCUAUUAUCCCAGUACAUUGAAUAAAUAUGACUACAGGCCUGAGGCCUCCCCUGGAAGGACCUUUACCAACAGCUGAUGAUGGACAGACUGUCUAAGGACUGGAUCAUUUCCUAUAUGAAUUGUUUUUUAAACUGAGUUUAUGGACCAAAUAUUGGCCCGGUCUCUAGAUGUAAAUAUUGUACAAGUAGGGCCUUUUUUGGGGGGGGGGGUUAACUGUAUUACUUGUAAACAGCACAUCUCCUUAAGUGGACAGAAUGCUUAUGGAUCAUGGACCAUUCUGCAAAAACUUUUGUGGAUAUUUGGCUGGAAAUGACACUUACUACUGCAAAUAUUCGUGGCCGGAUGAUCAGUAUUUCUGUCUGAGGCCUGAAUUGCAGAGGAGCUGAUUGCAUGCUGUGUUAGGUUUCCACCAUGCUACACCAGUGUGUUCUAAGAAACCUUACAGAUAGCUCCUUAGAGCAAUGGCUGAUUGUACAGUGACUCGACAAUGGCGGUACAUUGAAUGACACUUCGUUCACAAGACGAGCUGCCAGGGAUUUCAUCAUGCGAGAAACUAGAACAAAGUUUUAGGUUUAUAGUGGUGUCUCCAGCAUCACCAGAAGAUUCCUUUCACAUUGCAAGAAAUAGCCUCCACAGUCUUCUUUGGUAACAUCCAGUUCAACUGGGGAAAGAAAACACACAAUGUCCUCUACCCAAAGAAGCAUUUCAGAAUAUUUCCAGUCUUAAUUAAAAGAAAAUGAUACAGGCAAUGAGAUGUUAAGUGAAGUAAAUGUUGGACGAAUGAGAUGUGGACUGUGGUUGCAGAACAAAGAUGUGCAUAGCACUGGAAAAAAUGUGAGGAGUGCUGUACAUGAGCCGUGAGCUUUCUUUGAAAUGACAUUUACUUUUUUCCCCUCCAACUUUGAUUCUGUUCAUAUCUGCAAGAAGUGAUGACUGAUGGCCCGACCUUCCUCUUGUGAAAUCACUAAGCUUGGGGCUAAUUCUUAUUUUAUUAUUAUUUUUUUAGUUCACUUAUUUUUCAAAGAGUAAAACAUUCUGAAUUUUUGGCACGGUAUUUUUCUAAGGAAUGUAUUCAUAGCAUACCAUGAUGCAGAAAGUCUGUUGCACAUUCUUCAGUGUCUUCCAGUCAGUGCUCCAUCAAAUAAUUAUACAGCUGAAUAAUGUGCAUUGUUUGCCAAUAUUCCUUUAGAUUUCUCAGCUAGAAACAAACAAACAAAAAAUCUUGCUACAGUUAUUAAAGUAAAUUGGGACUGUAGUGUUAUUAAACAUUAUAUCCAGCCUUGAAAU